AUUCCUGGAGUAAAUUAACAGAAUAUCAAGACAAACCAGAAGAGAUUUAUCUUCAGAUCUGUGCAGCUGGGCCAGCUGAGGAAGCUGAGAAAGCCCAAAUAGCGCUGACUCAUAAAGACUUCAGCAGGUUUCUUGAGUUCAAGAUGAAGACUUCUGGUUUGUUCUAGUGCAAAACAAGAAAGAGACGACGUUAAGAAUCGAGCUGCGAGAAUAUUUCCUCCCUGCCAGACAGAAACAGUCAGUGAUGUCGAAGCUGGUUUGCCCUCUGCUUCUCCUUUGUUUACUUCCAGCUGUGGUCCCACUCUUCUGUUACACCUGCGUGUUCCCCGCCAUCUCACCUCUGGACUGCAUCAGAUACCCUCUCAAGUGUCCACCCGGGCAGGUCUGUCUGUCCAGCAGAGCUGUGGGCGAGAAAGGGGGCUUCCGUGUGGUGUUGUACGAGAAGAGCUGCAUCCUGCCCUCCCUGUGUGGAGUCACUGGUGAAAAAUACGCCAUGGGACUCAACUUCACCUUCACCAAUGAAUGCUGCAACACACACCUGUGCAACGGAGCUGCAGUACCUGCUACGCCCUUCUGGACCGGCACAAUUCUCACUCUCCUUAUUUCAUACUCACUUUGCUAAUAAGAAAAAUAUGUGGAAGAGAACUAGUUUAACACACAUACAGUUGCCUUUUCUGACUUUUUGAAGGGAUAGUUCAGUUUUAUCUUAAAUGGGGUUGUAUCCAUAUUAUCCAUAGUCAGCGUAUUAAAUGAAGCAGGUGUCAGUGUGGCGAGGCAGACUGAAGUCGGACACAGAAGUUAAGAAAUCUCUUGCUGUGGAGGCGUCUGCAGCAAAAUGUA